UUCUAUUUAAAGACUGCCCUGAGUCAGGAGAAGUGAGAGCUGCUGGGGAUGACAGUUGCUUCAGGCAACCCUGGGGAGGACAGGGUCGGGGGUAAAAAUCACCGGCGAGGGCCUGAGCUGGGAAGGGCAUGGAGGGGUACCGCGGCGCCGAGUGUGACAGGGCAUCUGAGACCUCGUCCUUUGUAGAGGAUGAAGAAGAAGAGGAGGAGGAGGAGGAAGAGGAAGAAGAGGAGGAGGAGGCUGUGGAUCCGGAGGAAGCAGAAGAGCUGACUAACAGUUUAAAAGAUCUUAUCCAAAGCGAAGAUGUGAAACCCAAGCUGCAGUACAUCAUGACUAACCCUUCCUUUUCUAUGGUAACAGUUCAAAGUGAAGAUAGUGGGAUAACCUGGGAAACCUGCUCAAGCAGAUCUUCUACUCCCUGGGCCUCAGAAACUAGUACAACUUCUGAUCUUUACAGUAUGGAAAGUUCACCAGUAGGUUCUCCUCCAGGAAAAGUUAUCUUUAUUAUGGAUGAAGGUAAGAUUGUUCGGAAAAGGAAGCGUAAGUCUUCAAAUAGGGUGCUGAUGGCUACAAACCUGAAGGGAGGCCAGGGCAGUAAGAAACGUGACUCUUCUGGAAUGCAGAGACAAGAACCGAGAACUGUUCUAGGAGAUGUGCAGGGCUCCGUGUUGAACAUUGAACAGGUGGAAGCACAAGACACAGAUGAGGAAAUGUUGGAGGACAAAGAAGAUCUAGAGAACAUCACAGAAGAGCCAGUUAAGCGUGCUCCGAUAAGAUCAAUAUUUAGAGAAAGCAAACUGAGAAAAGUAGGGCCGAUCCUUGGAGGACCAGUACAAGCUAGAAUCCAGCUGUUCAACUCAAUUUUUGGAGGGACUGAGCCAGCCCCUGAAACAUUGGAGAAAGCCAGAAUCCAGAGAAGUAGCUCAGUUUCAGGAGAUUCUGAAGAGUUCCUUGAAACAUCAGUAAAAGAAAGAUCGCAGAAGUUCAGUUUACUUUCAGAAGCAACACAUCCAAAACCUUUCCAGAGAGCAAGAAGUAGAAAUCUUGAAACACCAUCGGAGAGAAGAAGGAAGCAAAGACAGCAACCCACAGCACAUGCAAAUCAAAGCUAUUCUUCACCAACAACACCUCUUGAAAAACAGCUUACUAAUAAAGAUCAUGUUUCAUCUGAAAAUAUUAAACCCAUUAAAAUGGAAGAUAAACCAAGCAGACUUUCAAGCUUUGGUGCAGAAACCGCACUUCAACAUGAAGAAAGAAAAGACAGACAGUCUCUUUUGGAGAUUCCAAAUCAGGUAUCAGGACAGUCACUGAAGUCCUGCCCUCCUGAAGAAGCCAGGAAGCAGCAAAGUUAUUCACCUGUAGCCAAAGCGUCAAUAACAGAGCAAUCAACCUCCAUUUCAUUGGAGUCUGAUGCUAAAUCAGAGAAACAAGUGCUGCUUCCUUCAGCUGAAACUGCAAACAAGAAACCAGACCAAUCCCUGCUGAUAACAUCAGAUCUUCUGGAUGAACCAACGGAGCAGGAAAUUCAGCCCACUUCUGCACCACAGUCUGUUUCAGCAGAUUUUAUUAAUAAAUUAGGUAGACAAAGCACCCAACCUAUUUUGCCUACAGCAUCCAUGUCAGAACAUCCUGAGAGGGAAGCACAGAAGUCAGCAGUUCAGUCUUACUUACCUAGUGCUCCAUCAGCUAAACCCAAAUAUUCUACUCUAGCUGAAACAAGACAGGGGGAUAUUCCUCAGUCAUCAGAAACUGCACAAUCUGAGUCUGAAUAUGUGCUAUUACCACACUCUGUAGAUGAAACAGAGAAGCAAGAAACUGAGUGUCAUUCAUCAACAACUGCACUGUCAGAAACUGAGCAUUCAGGUCUAUUGUAUUCUGCUAAAAAAAAAGAGAGUCAAAAGACCCCACCACCAGAAACCCAAAAUGUUCACUUAAAGAAGAAAACAGAAUCCGAGGAGCAAGGAAUUAAACUAAAUUUACCUAUUCCUGAAAAGAUAGAUUCUAAAUAUUUUGGCAUUUCAUAUCCUGUUCACACAGAAACACAAGAAACUCAGAAAAGUUCAGCUGUAAAUAAAGGAGUAGAUUUGGAUCACCCUGAUUUUUCCGUUGAAAAAACCAAACAAGUAGAGAGUGCACAAAUGGAGGUGGAGCAUCAAGGUUUCUCAUAUUCCAGCAAAGAAAUUGGGGAAUUGGAGAGAACACAGAUGGAGACAGAGCAUCCAGAUUUCUCGUAUUCCAAGGAAGAAACAGAGGGAUUGGAGAGUGCACAGUUGGAGAUGGAGCAUCCAGACUCUUCUUUUUCCAGGGAAGAAAUGGAGGAAUCUGAAGGUGCACAAUUGGAGACAGAACAUCCAGAUUUCUCAUAUUCCAGGGAAGAAACAGAGGAAUCAGAGAGUGCAAAACUGGAGACAGAGUAUCCAGAAUUGCUUUUUUCCGCAAAAGAAACAGAGGGAUUGGAGGGAGCACAACUGGAGACAGAGCACCCAGAUUUCUCAUAUUCCAGGGAAGAAAUAGAAGAAUCGGAGAGUGCCCAACUGGAGACAGAGUAUCCAGAAUUGCUUUUUUCCACAAAAGAAACAGAGGAAUUGGAGAGAACCCAACUGGAGACAGAGCACCUGGAUUUCUCAUAUUCCAAGGAAGAAACAGAGGAACUGGAGAGUGCCCAACUGGAGACAGAGCACCCAGAUUUCUCAUACUCCAGAGAAGAAAUAGUGCAGUCGGAGAGUGCACAGCUGGAGAUGGAUCAUCCCGACUUUUCUUUUUCUCGUGAAGAAACAGAGGAAUUGGAGAGUGCCCAACUGGAGACAGAGCACCCAGAUUUCUCGUACUCCAGAGAAGAAAUCGUGGAAUCAGAGAGUGCAAAACUGGAGACGGAUCAUCCAGACUUUUCUUUUUCCGGGGAAGAAACAGAGGAAUUGGAGAGAACCCAACUGGAGACAGAGCACCCAGAUUUGUCAUACUCCAGAGAAGAAAUGGUGGAGUUGGAGAGUGCACAGCUGGAGAUGGAUCAUCCCGACUUUUCUUUUUCCGGGGAAGAAACAGAGGAAUUGGAGAGAACCCAACUGGAGACAGAGCACCCAGAUUUGUCAUACUCCAGAGAAGAAAUGGUGGAGUUGGAGAGUGCACAGCUGGAGAUGGAUCAUCCCGACUUUUCUUUUUCCGGGGAAGAAACAGAGGAAUCGGAGAGUGCUCAACUGGAAAUGGAACGCCAGGAGUUUUUGUUUUCCAGGGAAGAAACAGAAGAACAAAAAUCUGUUCCUUUUGAACUGGAAGAGCCAGAGUCUUAUUCCGCUGAAAAAGCAGAGCAAGAAGAAACAGCACAGCUUGCGCUGGUACCUUCAGAUUUCUCAUGUUUGAUGGAAGAAGCAGAGAAAGAAAACACUACAGAACUCCAGUUGGUACAUCCAGAUAUAUCUGAUUCCACCAGAAGAGCUGAGACACAGCAAACUGGGUAUCUGGAAACAGCACGUUCAGAUUUACCAUAUCCCACAAAUAAAACAAAGCAGCAAGAAUUGGCACAAGUAGAUGUGGACAAUUCUCUUAUGUCAUAUUUUGGUGACAAAGGAGAACAGCCACAGCCAGUACAGAAGGAUUCACAACCUGGAGUUAAGCUGUAUUCCCGUGCCAAGGGGAUGCAAGGAGAAACUACUCAACUGCGGUCAGAGCAUCCAGUUCUAUCAUACUCGACAGGAAAAAACCAGCAACAUAAAACCUCACAGCUGAGGACAGAACAGCCAGAGAUGACAUAUUCCACUGGCAAAACAGAACAACAGGAAAUAUUGCAACCAAAGUUGGAGAAAGCAGAUUUGCCAUCUUCCCAUGGAGAAACAGCACAAGCAGCUGUACAAAAAGACUUAGAAGGUCCAGAGCCAUCAUGUUUCAUUAGUGAAGCAGAGCAACAUGAAAAUGUACAACUAGCUUCAGAAAAUAGGGAUUUCUCAUUUACCACUGGAGAAGUAAUGCAAGAAGGAGUGGAGUCAGGAUCUUUGGGCUCCUCACAUUCGACUGACAGAGAAAAGACCUGGGAAAUGGCACAACUGGAGCAGGAGCAGUUGCUUCCCUCCUGUUCCACUGCUGGUAGUCAGGAACAGGAAACCACACCACUGGAUGUGGCCCAGCCAGAUGUAUCGUAUUCCUUUGGCAGAAUGGAACAAAAAGAACAACAGAGAGAGCUAGAACAGCAGGAAACAGCCCAACAAAAAGCUAUGCAAAUGGAAAUGGAGUAUUCAGAUUUGUCAGAAACCUGGGGGAAAGAAGAGCCACAGGUCAUAGAACAAAUUAAUUUGGCACAGCAAGAAACAGCUCAACCAGAGUUAGCGCAUCUGUCUUUGCCAUAUUCUCUCAGUGAACAAAUGCAAGAAGAAAUGCAAACAGAGCCAGCAUAUCCAGAACAGACAUUCUAUGUAAGUACAGAGAUGCAGGAGGAAAUGACACAACACAAAUCAAAGCAACCAUUUCUUUCAAGUUUUACUGGCAAAACUGAGCAACAAGAAAUAGUACAUCCAGAGCUGGAGCAAACAUUUUUGCCAUCUUCCGGUGGAAAAGAAGCUCCACUGGAAAUGGAAGCGAGUUCAGAAUAUCCAGAUUUGUCAUAUUCCUUUCACGAAGCUGAACAACAAAAAAAGUUGAAACAUCCAACCUUACCAUUUCGUUUGAAGCAACAAGAAACUGCACCACUGGUGAUGGAACAUCCAGAUUUUUCGUGCAACAGUGGUGAAGCAAAACCAGGUGACACCAUAGCGCAGGAGUCAGGACAUCCAGAGCUCUCUCACUCUGUGGGAGAAACGCAGGGACAGUCAGAACAUUUGGACUCACCAGGAACCCUGGGUGAUGCAGCACAAGGUGAAAGUAUGGAAGUGGAGUCUAAAUACUCAAAUUUGACAUGUUCUGAUGGCCAAAAAAAACAGCAAGAAACUUCACAAUUGGAUUCAAAAUAUCCAGAAUAUCAAGAAUUGCCUAAAAUGGCCAGAAAAAGAGCUUCUCCAGCAACUGCACAAAUAGAGUCAAAACAUCCAGAUUUGACAUAUUCCCUUGGCAAAGCAAAUGAGCCAGAAAUUGCACCAUGGGAAAUGAAGCAUCCUGAUUUGUCACAUUGCACUGAUGAGACAAACCAACAAGAAGUAGUAGUGUUGGAUCAGAAACACAGAAAAAUUUCUGUUGGCAGAGAAGAGCAAUGGCAAACCACAAAACAGCAGUUAGAGCAAGAAAAGUUAUCACAUUCUCCUGGUAAAACAGAGCAAUUAAAACAUGCCCAGGAGGACUUGGAACAACCAGAUUUAUCAUUUGCCAUUGACAGGCUGGAUGAUGAAAUGGCCCCACCAGAGGCAGGACACGCUGAUGUGAUAUAUUCUCUGGACAACACAGAGGUGCGACGAAGAGUACAACGAGAAUCAGAGCAAACAGGUUUAACUUACCCCUUUGGAAAAGCAGAACAGAAAAUGGUUCAGCCAGAAAUGGAAAUUCCACAUUUGGCCCAUUCUGUGGGUAUGGCAGAAGAAGAAGAAGUGGCAGAGCCAGGGCAGGGACAUCCUGACUUGCCUUAUUCCAUUUUCAAAGCAGGAGGACUGCAGACUGCACAGCUGAAACCCGAACACCUUGGUCUAGCAUGCUCCCUUGACAAAGUGCAAGAAACGACCCAGCUGGGGUUGGAACAGCCAGAUGUGUUGUAUGUUCGUGACAAAACAGAGCAACUCCCACCUGCCCAGCUGGAGCUGGGCCACACAGACUUGGCCUCCCCCACCGACAAAGUGGGGCAGCGAGGGAUGGAGCACACAGCCUUGGGACGCCCUGAUGAGGGACAGUCUGUCAGCAGAGCAGAGCAUCCACAAGCUGCAAAAGAGAAACUAGGAGCUCCAGAUGCAUCAUCUCAUAGUGGAAAAGCAGAGCAAAGAGAAAUGGCAAAACCAGAGCCAAGGCAUCCUGAUUUAUCAUAUUCCAUUGAUAAUAUGCAGAUGCAAGAAACUACACAACUGGGGUUAGAAAAACCAGAUCUAUCAUCUUGGCCUGGCAAAACAGAGCGAGCACAAACUGCCCAAGAGGAGCCGCUAGGCUUCCUGUAUUCCUUAAAAAAAGCUGCACAAGGAGAGAAAGCACAGCCGGAAUUGGGACAUUCACAGUUAUCUUAUUCUGUUACUGAGGCAGAACAAGAAACUGCACAUGCAAAAUCAAACCAUUCAGAUUUAUCUGCUGGCAGAUUAGACCACCAUGAAAUCAUACAACCAGAGGCAGAACUAACGGAUUUAUCAUGUUCAAUUGGUGAAACACAGCAACCUCAAAUGGCUGAACUGGGUUUGGAGUAUCCGGAUUUAUUGCAUUCCACUGGCACAGUACAGCGACAAGAAAAGAUUCAACCAGAGCAGGAACAUCCGGGUGAUUUUUCAUCAUCUCUCAGCAAAGAAGAGCAAUGGGAAGGUGCAGGAAUGCAGGCAGAACACCCUGAGCGGCAGUGCUCUAUGGGGAAAACAGAAGGACUGCAAAAUUCCCAAGCAAGAUCAGAAUAUGCAGAUUUGUCAUUCUCUGUUGGCACAGCCGAACCUCAUAAAACAACACAGCCAGAGUUGAAAGAACACGAUUUGUUGCAUUCUUUUGUCAAAACAAAGCCAUCAUGGUCUGCCCCACUGGAGUCUGAACAUCCAGCCGUCUCAGAUGCCAUGGGCAAAGUACCACACCCUGAUUUAUCCUCUUCUGUUAGUGAAGAAAAACAAAGUGCACAACCAGAGGUCAAACAGGAGAGGGGAAGCUGUGCAUUACACCCAGAGGAAACAGUACGACUGAAAUUGGAACAGCCAAUGUUGUCAAGUACUUGUGACACAGCACAGCAACAAAAUAGGGCCCCACUGGAAGGGGAAUUCCCAGACUUCUUGUAUUCCUCUGGCAAAAAAGAGCGACAAGAAAUGGCAAAACAAGAGUUGGAGCAUUCAGAUUUAUCAUCUUCCACUGAUAAAACACAGCAACAAGAAACCACACAACUUGGGUUAGGACAAACAGAUUUAUCAUCUUGCCCGGGGAAGACAGAGCAGCCACAAACUGUUCAAGUGGAAGUAGAGCAUCAGGACUUGCUGCUUUUCACUGGCAAAACAGAACAGCAAGGAACAGCACAACCAGAGGUUGAGCAUCCAGAUUUGUCGUAUUCCAGUGACAAAGUAGAGGAGCCACUGGCUACACAACAGAAAUCAGAGCAGCCUGUAACACCCCAUCCCAUUGGAAAAACUGAGCAACAAGGAAUGGCACAUCCAGAGCAGGAACUUCCCAAUUUAUCAUAUUCCAUUUGCAAAACACUGUCACAAGAAGCAACACAAAUGGACUUAGAGCAACAAGACUUAACACAUGCCCUUGGUAAAACAGAUGAAAUGCAAACUGUGCAAGGUGAACUGGAACAUACAGGUUUGUUGCAUUUUUCUAGCAAAAGAGAACAAGAAAUGGUAUUGCCAGAGUUGCGACAUCCAGAGCUAUCUUACCCUGUUAGAGAAAUAGAAGAGGAAGCUACACAUCAGAAAUCAAAAUAUUUGUCAUAUUCUAUUGGUCGACAAGAGCACCAUGAAACUGAACAACCAGAGGUGGAAGAAAUGGAUUUAUCCUAUCCAGUUGGCAAAUCAGAGCACUCACCACCUGCCCAAAAAGUACUGCAACAGCCAGAGCUUUUGGAGUCCUUCAGCAAACUAGAGGAAAACAGAAUGGCCCAGCCUGGCUUUUUGCACUCCCUUGGUGAAGAAAAGCAGAAACCAGCUUCACCGUUAGACUUAGUGCAACCAGGUUUAUCACAUUCGCUUGGCAAAACAGAAAAACAGGAAACUGCACAAGCAGGGUUCGUGCCUUCUGAUUUUUCAUAUUCCACAGGAAAAGCAGAGCAGUUGCAAAUGGAACGACUAAAAUCAAAAUGUCCAGAUUUGUCAUAUUCUCUUGGCAAAGCAGAGACUUAUGGAAUGAAACCACCAGAUUUAUUGCACUCCUAUGGCAAAGCAGAGCAACCACAGAGUGCCCAGCUGGAGCAUCCAGAGACAUCAUAUUUCACGGGUGAAAUGGAGCAAAGGGAUGGGGCUCAACUUGAACUGCACUGCGUUAAUUUGCAGUGCUCUGUUGUUGAAACAGAGCAACCAGAAACAUCUCCUGUAUCAUAUACCUUUGGCAGGACUGAGGAGCAGGGAACUGCACAACCAGACUUUGAACAAUCAGAUUUAUUAAGUCCUGCUGACAAAGCAGAAAAGCAUGAAGCAGCCCUGCUUCGAGCAGGGCGUUCAGAAAAGCGAGACACUGUGGCUGCUUCAUCUCUAACUGCUCAGUUGGAAACUAAACAACAAGAUUUAUCCUUUUCCACUGCGGAAGCAGAGGGCCAACCAUAUUCACCUCUUACUGAACAAACAGUGUCUGUACCUUUGGAUGUUUCACAUUCUGCCUCUGAAACAAAACCAGAAGGAAGUCCAAAGUCUUCACCUGUAACUGGAGGCCUGUCCCCCAAGCACUUAGAUUUAUCUUACACCCACUGUAAAACAGAGCAGACAGAAACUGCCCAGCCUGCAUCAGGUUUCUUCUUUGCUAGAAAAGAAGCAGAGAAUACAAAAAUUCAUCUACAUUUGCCUGUGGCUGCACAGUCAGAGGCUGAACAUGUAAUUUUACCUGAAACAGAGAGACAACAGACUCCACAUUACUUCCACACAGCUGCGCAAUUAGAAUCUGAACAAUUAAAUUUUUCAUAUUCUCCAGAUAAAGCAGAAACUCUAGAAAGUCAAGAUUAUUUAACUGUAUCUUCAAAACUGGAGUCUGAACCUUCCGUUCUGUUUUAUUCAGCUGAUGAAACAUGUCAGCAAGAAAUUCCACCUUCUUUAAAACCAGCCUCUGAUUAUUUGGUUCCCACAUGGUCCCUUGCUGAACAAGAAAAGCAAAGCGUGCAGCCACUUAUUCCCCAGUCUGCACAAUCAGAGCGUAAACGUGUAAUUCCAACACAUGAUGAAAAAGAAUUGCAAAAAAUUCAGCUCUAUUCACCUAAAUCAGCAAGCUUGAAGACAGUGCAGUUGGAGAGUAUGUCUCUAACACACACACAAGAACAAGACGAGCAAGAAUCUCAAGAUCGUUUGCUGGACACAAAAUAUUUGUCAUCAGAGCAGCUAAGAAGUCCCCCCAAAUUCACUACUGAGCAGGAUAAGCAAGAAAUACAACCUGAUGUGCAGACAGUGCCAAGGUCAGUGACCACAGAGUCAAAAGUGACUGCUGUAGCAGACCGGCAAGCAGUGUCAUCAGAUUCAUUUCUACCCUUUCGUACAUUACCCGAAAAGUCAGUAUCAGUGGUUUUCACUGAUGAUGCAGAGAAACAAAAUAUUCCAUCAUCUUCAUCCGAUGUAGUAGGCAUGCUUGGAAAGCAACCUAGCAUAGUUUCAGGCAUUGAUACUGAAGGAGAGGAUAGACAUGAAAUGCAACCAUAUUUUGCAGACCAAAAGCAUACAUCCUUAGAGCAUCUGGGAGCUGUUUCAUCAGAUCUUGUUUAUGAAACUGUGACACACAAAACUCAGCAUUAUUCUGGUGAAUGGGGCAGCCUUUCUUCAGCAGAGAUGAAGUCCAUUAGCUCUAGUUCUGAUGAAAAGCAGAAUCCAGAUAUUCCAUCUUUUGGGCUAGCUAGCUGGCUGGUGGAAGAGGCGAAAGCUCGCUCAAUUAGUCCAAUAAGAGCUACAGAAGUAAACAGGCAAGAAAUUCAACUUUCUCCAAAUGAAGCUUCUGAUUUUGGAUCAAAACAAUUCCCAGCUGGAAGUUGCACAGAACUUACAGUUCAUGAUGCUACAAAGAAUAAAGGAGAUAUGUUUAGAGUUUCUGAUUCAGUGUCAAGUGAAAUUUCCCACAGAGUGUCCUCAGAAACUAGUCACAGAGCACAAAGGUAUGAUUUAUCAUCUCUGGGAGGAGAUAAUCCAGGUCCAGACAAAGUUCCAGAGCGUGAAACUAGAAUUGGAAACCCUACAAAAAUGGAAGCAAUGCAGCAUCCAGAGGUAGACAAAGUGCCUGAAGUGCCUGAACAUUACCUGAGAGGAGAAGAGGAAGAAAUGGAACAUGCGAGCGCUGUAGAAGACAGUCAGCAUGCUCCAGAGCCUACUGAACAAAAAGAUCUAUUUAAUAUAAUUUCAGAAGGUUAUGAAAUACUCAAUAUUCAUGCUCCUACACAUAUUUCUUCUGUUGAUCAAGAAGAAAGUAAACACAUGCCAGAUAAACUAGAAUACUUGGAAACAAAUCCUUCAUUUAAAAGAAAAUUAGCUGAUGAUGGCCAUAGAGCCCUAGCUUCUGGAACAACCACAGAAAUUUCAGAAAGCUCAGUGUUGGGAAAGCCUGCAAGCCAUGAACUAAAAGAAUUUGUCAAAAAUUAUGAUGUUGAGGAAACUGGAGAAACACAAGAAAAUCCCGUGUUGCCAGAAAACAAUAAUAAUGCAGUGUUGGAUCCUAAUAAUGGUAUGGCCGAUAUGGAUUAUUUUGAAAAAUAUACAUUGAUUGAUGACAAAUCCCCAAUUAAGCCACAUUUUGAAAGACCAAGUUCAUUGUUUCCUGUGACAGAAGAUCCCAAUGAACCUGUGGAAGAAGCCACGUCUUUUAAAGAAAGUGCUGAGGUAGAUACUUUUCAAGAGGAAUUUUCCUUACUUGAGGAUCUGGAUGAAGUCUUUUAUGGUACUGUGAAAGGAGAAAGCAAAAUGCAGUCCUAUGCAGAUGCUCCAAAACCUUUACCUCUGCAGAAAUCAAUUGAUAUUAGCAGUAAAAAGUUUACAAAUGUAGAAGAUGAACGGAAGUCACCAGGAACCCCACUCUUUGAUUCAGAAGAAGGAGUGCUAGAACGAUCUCUGUUGUUCCCUACCACUGUUGCUGCAGUUAAUCCAGAGCUUCUAGAGGAGCCACCUGCUCUGUCGUUUUUAUACAAGGACCUCUAUGCAGAAGCAGUAGGAGAAAAGACAAAGGAUGAGUCUCCUUCUGAUGAGGAAAGUGGUAAUUCUAAUGCGUCUUUCCCUAGCAGAAAUUCAGACACAGAUGACGGAACAGGAAUAUAUUUUGAAAAAUACAUUCUUAAAGAUGAAAUUCCAAGUAAGGCCAUAGGGCCUCAAAAGGAUCAGUUACCAGAGGAUGAGUCCUUUAGUGGAGGAAUUUCAGUUCCAGGUUCAGAGGACAAACACAAGCAGGGGUCUGGUGAUGUUCAACGUGUCAGAACUGAGGUUCUGCCAGAAGGGGGUGUUGUGGAGAGAGAGAAAGUCCAGGUUGACAGUGAUAUCCAAGCAACAAUUUGUAAACCAAUGCAUGCCAUUCCUUUUGGAAACAAAGUCAUUCUUUCAGGUGCAAGAAGUGAUACAACUGAACAAAGAGAAGAAGAAAAUGUACCUGUAGAAACAACUGAGGAGUUGCCAGAGCAAUCAAGUCAUCACGAGUUGUAUAGUCAACUAGUGGAUUAUCAGGGAGCUGCAUAUCAAGAAGCUAGUAAUAAGCAGGAAGAACAGCAAGAAUUAACAGCAAUUCCUGAAAUGGAAAAAUAUGUCCCCUAUGUCCGGACUCCUGUUGAAGACAGUGAAGAUGAUCAGUAUACCCAGGAAAAUCUUUCACGUGUCCCUACCAUUCAGCAAACAGAGAAGCCAGACUUGCAAAGAGAAGAGCAGCACCCCGAUGUUUAUGAAGAUCUUGCUGAGUCAAUGGACUAUGAUGUGAUUACACAAGAAGAACUUUUGCAAGAUGAAAUAUCAUCUCAAUUCACACAUGAGGAGCUAUUAUUUGAAGACAGGGACUCUUUUGAGCAUGUUGGUGAUAGUUAUGAAUUUGUUAAUGCGCCAGAGCAAAGAAGACCCAUUGAGCUUGAAGAUUCAGGCUUUGUGGUGAUGUAUCCUGAAAAAUCAGCAACAAACAUUCCUCAAGUUGAGAGCCCACAAAGAGAACUGAAGAAAGUGCAAGCAGACACAUACUGUUACCACUGCAAAUGCCCAAUAUCUGCUAUUGACAAGAUUUUUGGAGAACAUAAAGACCAUGAAGUCACAACACUAGAUGAUGCUGCAACCAAGAUGAAGGAUCACUUAGGUGAAUUGCUAAUAGCACUGGAAGAAAAGUCAAUGAAGACUGAAGAGUUUGUGAGUGAUAUUGAAUUGCUUUUUAACUCUGUUGAGAAAAACUGUAAGAAAAAUGCAGAGUUAUUGGAAAACCAGAAUGAAGAGAUGCUUAAGAAAGUGGUAGCACAAUACGAUGAGAAAUCUGAGAACUUCGAGGAAGUGAAGAAGAUGAAAAUGGAGUACCUGUAUGAGCAGAUGGUUAACUUCCAGCAAACUGUUGAUUCAGCAAAGAAAACUUUGGAGACAACAGUAAAAGAAAUGGAAGAACUUGAUGGAUUUGUUUUCCUAAAUUCAUCUAAAGAAUUGAAUAAAAGGUUACUUUCUGCAAUGGAUACUAAUCUCUCUUUAGAAAAGGUCCCCAGUGCUUUUUCACUGUUUGAGCACUAUGCGGACAGUCCAGGACAGAGCAACCAGCACUCCUUAAAACAUGUGGCUGUCCCACAGACACCGACUGUCGUACCUCAGGAACCAAAUUCAGCCACCAGCACCUCCAUUGCCAUUUACUGGGCUGUGAACAACGGGGAUGCCAUCGACUGCUUCCAGGUCUACUGUAUGGAGGAGCCGCAAGCCAGCAAAGAUGCGGGGGCUUUGGUGGAAGAGUACAGAGUGACGGUGAAGGAGAGCCACUGCAUUUUGGAGGACCUGGAGCCGGACCGCAGCUACAGUGUGUGGGUCAUGGCUGUGAAUGGCACAGGCUGUAGCUUACCAAGUGAAAAAGCCAUUUUUAAAACGGCGCCCGCUGUCCCCACCAUCAAGGCCGAGGACUGCACGGUGUGUUGGGACAUGGCCACCGUCCGCUGGCGCACCGGCUCAGCGUCGGCAGAGUCCUUCACCCUGGAGUACUGCCGACAGCACUCGCCAGAAGGAGAGGGUCUCAGAUCUUUUGCUGGUAUAAAGAAACCUGAACUGAGAGUAUCCCUGGAGCCCAAUGUGAACUAUUUCUUCUACUUGAGGGCUGUCAACCCAUUUGGGACAAGUGAACAAAGUGAAGCAGCUCUUAUCUCAACUAAAGGAACUCGAUUUUGCCUGCUGAGCGACACAGCCCAUCCUGCUUUGCAAAUCUCCUCCAAUGCAACAGUGAUCCGCCUUCCUGAGAAAGCCAAAUUCACUGGGUUUCCUUCAGUCCUGGGUGAACUGCUGCCUGCUCGGGGAUGUCAUUACUGGGAAACCAUUGUCUCUGCCUGCAGAAGCUACAGGAUUGGGAUUUGCUACAAGGCAACAUCACAGAGCAGCAUCCUGGGGCUGAGUGAUACCUCCUGGUGCAUGCGGUGCUGUCCUACACAAACCAGCUUUCUUUACAGAUUUCUUCACACCGGUGUGAUGAGCGAUGUCUGUGUGACAGAACACCCAGCCAGGAUCGGCAUCCUGUUGGAUUACAGUGGUGGCAGACUGUUGUUCUUCAAUGCAGAGAGAGGAUUGGUGCUGUUCGCCAUCAGGCACAAAUUCACUGAUGCUGCUCACCCGGCCUUUGCCCUGGAGAAGCCUGGAGCACUUACCCUGCACACAGGCAUGGAGCUGCCGGAGUUCGUGAAGCACAGCUAAUGCCCUGCUUCACACUUUCAGGAAAACCGACAAUUACAGCAUCAGGGGACAGGGAGGGGAAGGGGGUUGUCAGGGAGGGAUGUCUAGUCUUCACCAAUGAAUGCCACACACAGAGCUCUCCCCCACGUCAUCAGUAAUUGUAGUUAGUGCUCAGCCACGUAAUCACCCUGAGCCUGGAGAGAAAAUUGACUCCUUCAGAUAAAGCAUGCACCUAGUGAUAUACACAGCAGUACUUUUGAGGGGAAAAAAGAGUUUUGUUAGAUAUGAACAUUAAGAGGGGGGGAAAUGUACUUUUCCCAAAAUAAUGACGGUGCUAGCUGUCUUUUUAAAGUUGAUGAUGAGCCUGUGUAUAAAAUAAAUACAUCUCUCACUGCAAUACAUGAAAGCCAUCAUUUCAUCAUUUGCCAGGACAGUUGGAGCCAGAAUCCAAGAUGAUAUGUUUGAAAAAUGUGCAAAAAUUUCAACAACUGAACCAUUCUGCAGGUUAAUAUAUCUUGUGUUAUUGUUUGCCAACUCUUUUCUUUAAAUGCACAAAUUAUGAAAACUUGGAAACUUAGAAAUCUGCAUGUUUCCAAAAUGAGUGAGUCCCAGACUAGCUUUCAUACCAGUCAUGUAAAGUUUUAGUAUGCAACACCUACCUACCCCGCUCACAGCAGACUAACAGACAGCUACCUGCUUGUGUCAGUAAAUAUCUGUACCUGUAAAUAGGUACUCAUGAAACACAUAUAUGAGGAAACUUGAUAGUAGUGGUAAAAGUCUUCCCUAUGUUUUUCAUCCUCAAUUUGUUGGCUAGGUGGUUUCGAUGGUGAAGGGAAGGUUGCCACCUGGGACCUUAAAGAAGAGUCAAAUUGCCAGUGACCUUCUUGUGGAUCACCCCUUUUCCAUCACUGCUUUUUACCUUUGCACUUACCAAUUUGAUGCUCCUAUUUUCAGGCUCGUGGACAUUUUCCUGCAUCUGCCCUGCUCCCUCCUGUUAUCUAUACCAGCACCAGCAUCACAGCAGCAAGGCACAGUGUUUCAGGGCCAUCAACACAGGCAGGCUAAAAAUGGCUGGUGCCAGCAGAGGAGUAGGACGCUGAUUUUCCCCCUUGGCGUUUUCAAUCUGUUUUUGCAAGCACUUCACACAUCGGUGGUAUGGCUGUCUUCUCGCCUGCCCCAAGGGCUGAACGCACGAGUGCCAGUGGUGCCAAACUCCAGUGAAUGCUGGAGGGAAAUUAAUUUUAAGGCGGGCGGGCAAUGCUUUUCAUGCUGUCCCUGCUCAGGAGAUUUCUGCCGCAGGGGACUACACUGCCAGACUAAUUUCUGAGCUCAGCUGAAGAGCUGUACUCCCUGAAGUAAAGCAGAUUUCAGGAGUCUAACAGAGAGGGUUUGCUUCUGAACAGAGGACUUAAAUGAGUUACAGGGAGGCUUCUGCUUUUUAUGCUCAGAGGAGGUGCCUGCUGUUGCUGUUUUAUUUCUGAUUUAACACCACCAAGGCAUGUGCUUGCUGCUUUAGCCUGCUGUAUGCUUGGUGUCCCAGAGGAGCCACAUUCCACACUGUCAUAGCAGGCUCGGGCAGGAUGGUAAGAUAAACAAGAUCCUGUGACCAUGUAUUUUGAGUUAGAGCUCUUUUUGGCAUUUCAAUUAAAGAGUGUCAGUUCUGAGUCCCCACUGGGGAGAGAGGGGAAUGAAAAAGCAAGGCAGUGCCCUGUUGGCUCAAGCAAGUGUUUUGUAGAGGUGUGCAGGAUGGUGAGAAAAAGGUCCAGAAUUAAUUGGGAAAGACAGACAGAAAGGGUAUUGAGGGUAGCGUUACCAUGAAGGCUGAGGAGGAGGAGGCAGAAGGCAGGCUGGAAACUCACACAGAGCGGAUGGUGAUAAACUAAGAGGUGGGUCAGUGGUGUUGGCAGGGUGUGUUCCUCAGGCUCCCUCAGCCAGUAAGCUCACCAGAGGUUUGGCUAUCUCCAGAGCUUAAGGUGGUGCUUUGAACUAAACCUGAAAAAACCCAGCUUUGGGGCAACUUUACCUGCGUUCUCCUCGCCCUGGUCGCUGCUGUCCCAAGUGUGGGAUUGCUUCAUGGACACCAACAUGAUGUAUUGCCAAGGGGACAGCCAGUGAGAAGGAGAGCAAAAUGACAUGAAAUUAUUUGGGUGGCUUUUUCAAUGAAGGCAAGAAGCAAUUGCCUUGUCGAAGGUAACUGCGUAUUAGUAAAUAGCGGUCUUAAUAUGGAAAGCAAAGGCCUCAUCUAUUGCCACGCAUUAUUACUCAGGUACUACUGCAACAUUUGAGCUUGGUAAAAUGUUUUUAUUGGAGGCACCUCAUUCUUAGAAAUAUUUGGUUCAAUUUGAAAAACUGCCUGACUCUCUUUUCUUGCUAAUUUUUGUACAAGGUUCAGCUUUUAGAUUGAGCAGUAUCAAAAAGUCUAUUUACUGUUUAUGUGAAAGCUGGAUAAAUUAUUUGAAAUUGAAAAUGUCAGUCAAAGAGUCUAAACAGUACUGAUUUGAAUGGCUAAAUCUGGUCUGCAUUAAGCUAUGCCAGAUAAAGAAAUGCCUGGAGAGAAUGGCUUGUUUGGAGAAAUGAA